AUGUUACCUAAAAAUAAUUCACAAUUAGAUUUAUAUUUUAGAAGAGUAUUACUAUUAUCAAAACUUUUCACACAAUCAUGGGGAUCACCUUUAUCGAUUUCAUUAAUCAAAAAAUUUCGAGAUAGUGUUAUGUCAAAAGGUUUAUGUACAGAGUUAGUCAAUCAAGUUAUUCCUCAAAUGGUUAUUACAAAAGCGGAAAAAAGAAAAAAUAUUUUAGAAAUUGAUGGAGAAUUUAAAUCACCUCUUGCUAAGUAUAUGCCAAAUAUACUACCUCAAGAAUCACAUACAUGUUAUUGGAAAGGAUUUUUUCCUAAUAAUUCAAGAAAAGUUGUUAUUCACCUUGCUAGUACGGGAGAUCACUCAUAUUUUAGAAGAAAGUUAGGUUUUGUAAAUAAUUUGUUAGAAAAAAAUAUAGCUUCAAUUUUGAUUGAAAAUCCUUUUUAUGGACGACGAAAGCCUAAAAAUCAGUUUAGAUCAUCUCUUCUCAAUGUUAGUGAUUUAUUUAUUCUUGGUGCCGCACUAAUGACUGAAUGUAAUUAUUUACUAAUGUAUGCAAAAACAGAACACGGCUUUGAUAUUCAAGGAAUUUCAGGUGUAUCAAUGGGUGGAUUUACUGCAUCUUUAUCAGCAUCAAACAUUAAAUAUCCAAUUUCUCUAGUGCCAUGUUUAUCUUGGACAUGUGCAAGUAAAAGUUAUACCAAAGGAGUAAUUAGCGAAGCCAUAAAUUGGGAUGUAUUAAGAAAAGAAUUAGAAACAGAAAAAUUUAGGAAGAGUAUAGAUUUGAUUCCCAAUCAAAAUUGGUUUGGAGAACUAGAAGAUUCACUAAAGAAAGACCCAAAAUUAGAUCGAACUAGAGAAUUUAUGAGUAUACUUAUGAGAGAAUUUACAUAUCUAGGAAACUAUCCAAAAAUUACAGAACCAAAAUUUUGUAAGAUUAUUGUACCUCAAUUAGACUCAUAUGUUCUUAGAGAAAAUCUACCAACAUUUGAAGAUAUUUGGCCAGGAUCAGAAGUCAUAAUAUUACCAGAAUGUGGUCAUGUCGAAGCAUAUUUUUCAAACCACGAUGUCUUUAGAAAACAUAUUGAAGAAAAUCUUAAUAAUCUAGAAAAAUUUGUUUUUAAAUAA